UACAUAUUUAAUAUAUUGAACUAUUAAAAAAAUUUUUUAUAUUUAUUGUAUUAUAUUUUAGAUAGAACAAAAGAAACUAAAUAUCUCUUUGUUAAAAUUUAAAAAAACCGAACUUUGAAUUUAAAUAUUAAAUGGAAGGCAAGCACCUCAUAUUGUUUAUUCAAAUUUUCUUUGUAAUCAUAGUAUUUAUUGUAUUAAUAACACUCUUUUAUAAAAUUGAUAUUGAUAUUCUAAUUCCAAAAGAUAAAGUCUUCGCUGAACUCAUAAAUUCUAAAAUUUCAGAUGAAGAUUAUAAAAUAGUUAAAGAAUUCGAAAAGAAAAAUGUGAAUUAUCUUACUAACGCAUCAUUAGACUUUGACACUCUUGAAAAAUUUGUAUCAUUAUGCGAUUUUGCAGUCCGCAUCCUUAUAAUUUAUCAUAAGAAUCGUGAAUCAAAAAUUUACAUACAGCUCGUUGAUGAUAUAAUUAAAAAAUUGAAUGAACAGAUUUUCAGCAAAAACAAGUACGAUGUCCUUAAAAGUGGUGGCGAUGUUAAUAUUAAAGCAUUAGUUCAUCUAAUGAGAUUACUCAACACAUUUGAAUAUGUUGCUGAUAAUGAAUAUAAUGCUUCUAAAAAAAUUUGCCACGAUAACAUAAUUAAGAUAAUUCCAGAAACUAAUAAAGUGGGUAUGGGAGUCGAGGUCUCCUAUAAUGAUGAAAAAGCAAUUUAUACAAUUAUACCGAGAUUGUUGACUUAUUAUUUGAUUCCUGAUAAAAAGGAAUACAAUAAAGAUGCGAAUCUGAAGAAUGGACUAGUCAAUCUAAAAUCACAAUUUAAUGUUCUUAAUACAACGCCGGAAAAGCGACAAGAUUUCCUUUUAUACGAUUAUCACUAUAGUCUCUACAAAACUUUCAGUGAGACAGGUAUACAUUAAGGCAAAACACUAAUUUAAAAAAUGGGUAUAACAAUUAAAAAUUCGUAAAACGAUUAACAUUAAUUAGUAUUGAACAAUUUUUACAUUAUAAAAAAAAUUUUUUUACAUUUUUUGACAAUUGAAACUAUGAAGAAAAUUAUAAGUUCCGGUGCAUUUGCAAAUAGACAAAUUUUCAUAUUGCCUACUGUGUUAAAAAUU